AUGAUGUACACUACUUUCCUUUUUGGCAUUUGGGCCGCCCAAUCGUUGGCAAUGCCAUGGAACCAGAAGCCACGAGAGGAACUGGGGAAGCGUUUUCCUGUUCCUCCCGGUGUCACUCAGACUAUUACCCAUACUGUUACCCGCACGACCACCUCAACCCUCACGCAGAAUGGCGAAGGACACAAGGCCCAUGCUACCGUCACUGACACGAAGACUAUUACCAUUAGCAGCACUCAAAUUGUCCUGUCGACUUCGACAAUCCCAAUUAGUAGCACCCAAACGGUCCUUUCAACCUCUACGGUGCCGUACACUGAAAUCAUCUCGUCGACUACCACGAUUCCACACACUGAAACUGUGCUGUCCACAAGCACGAUUCCGUACACCGAGACUGUGUCGUCGACUUCAACAAUCAGCAAUACGGUUAGCACUACAGAAACAUCAACUACUACGGUUCCCUACACCGAGACAUUCUCUUCUACUUCCACUCUCAGUACGACUGAAACAUUCUCGUCCACGCUAACUAUUAGCACUACGGAAACAUCCACCACUACGGUUCCAUACACGGAAACAAUAUCUUCCACUUCAACAAUUAGCACAACUGAAACUUCCACCACCACUGUACCGUACACUGAAACAUUCUCAUCUACUUCAACUGUCAGCACGACUCAAACAGUAACCACCACUGUGCCGUAUACGGAGACGUUGUCUUCUACGUCAACUUUCAGCACGACUGAAACAUCGACUACCACUAUUCCAUACACCGAAACAAUCUCCUCCACUACUACAAUUCCCUCCACCCAGACCGUGUCUUCAACCACGACGAUCCCGUACACUGAGACGCUUACUAGCACGGUGAGCUCCACCAUUACAGUCCCCACUACUGUGAGCGCAACUGUCACGGCCUCAAUCACUAAGACUAUCACCUCUACUUCUGUCGCAAAAACCACCUCAAUUUUCACCAAGACAGCUACUUCUACCGUUAGCCAGACAAAGACUAUCCCGUAA